AAUUUGUGUGAUGAAGCAUUUCAAUUAAAAACAAAUUUGGAAAAACACCGUGAAGAACACGUUAUUCAGCAAGGGCAAACCGGGGAAAGAGCUUAUAAAUGUGAUGAUUGUGAUAAAUCAUUCACUUCAAACUUUAAUCUGCAGAACCACAUCAGAAUUCAUACUGGUGUAAAACCUUAUAAAUGUGAUGUUUGUGGUAAAUCAUUUAGUCAUAGUAGUAAUCUACGGCCACACAUGAGAACUCAUUCUGGGAUAAAACCAUAUAAAUGUGAUGUUUGUAGUAAAUCAUUUACUCAUAGUAGUACUCUAAGGAAUCAUGUGAUAAGUCAUACAGGUGAAAAACCUUAUAAAUGUGAUGUUUGUAAUAAAUCAUUUACCAUGAAUAGUAACCUACAGAUUCACAUGAGAAUUCAUACUGGAGAAAUGCCUUAUAAAUGUGAUGUUUGUAGUAAAUCAUUUAGUCAGAAAGGACAUCUACAGAGUCAUGAGAGGAAUCAUACGGGUGAAAAACCAUAUAAAUGUGAUGUUUGUAGUAAAUCAUUUAGCCUGAAUUGUAAUCUACAGAGCCACGUCAAAAUUCAUACUGGUGAAACACCUUAUAAAUGUGAUGUUUGUAGUAAAUCAUUUAGUCAUAAAAGUAAUCUACAACACCACAUGAGAAAUCAUACCGGUGACAAACCAUAUAAAUGUGAUGUUUGUAAUAAAUCAUUUACUCAUAAAUGUUAUCUAAAGAAUCAUGUGAGAAGUCACACAGGAGAAAGGCCUUUUAAAUGUGAUGUUUGUAGUAAAUCAUUUACUGAGAGUAGUAUUCUACAGAGACACAUCAGAAUUCAUACUGGUGAAAAACCUUAUAAGUGUGUUGUUUGUAGUAAAUCAUUUACUACCAGUUUCAAUCUAAGAACACACAUGAGAAUUCAUACUGGAAAGAAGCCGUUUAAAUGUGAUGUUUGUAGUAAAUCAUUUACUCAUAAAGUUAGUCUACAGAAACAUGUCAGAGCUCAUCAUAAAUAUGAUGUUUGUAGUAAAUCAUUUACUAACGGUAGUAGAAGUCUACAAACACACCUCAGAAUUCGUACUGGAGGAAAAACCUUAUAAAUAUGAUGUUUAAAGUAAAUCAUUCACCACUAUCUCUUAUAUUAUUAAUCUACAGUCACACAUAACACUUCAUACUGGAAAAAAACCUUAUAAAUAAAAUGUUUGUAGUAAAUCAUUUAGUCUGAAUUUUGGUCUACAGAACCACAUGAGAAUUCAUACUGGAGCAAAACACUUAUUUGCAUAGACUCUAUUAUUAUUAUUAUUACACUUUUCUAUCGUUCACAGGGAUCACGGUGGCUAAGUGGGUGAGGCGCUGGCUCGCUAGCCUGGAGGUCGGGUGUUCGAUCCCUGCAUUGGCCGAGAAAGUUCAUC